AGGCGGUGGGGAACGGGUUUCGACAGAGGCUUGUCUCUGAAAGACUGGAAAGGAAUUAAGAGCAGAAUGACUACUUUGGAUGAUAAAGUGCUUGGUGAGAAGCUCCAGUAUUACUACAGCAGUAGUGAGGGUGAGGAUGAAGACAGUGAGAAAGAAGAUAAAGAAGGGGAAAGCACCGUUCCUGAAAGUGUUGGGGAAGUAGAGCUUAGCAGUGAUGGCAGUGCAGUCAACACAGGUCCCAAGGGAGUCAUUAAUGACUGGCGAAGAUUUAAGCAACUGGAAACUGAACAGCGUCAGGAGCAGCGCAGAGAAAUGGAACGACUGAUUAAAAAAUUAUCUAUGACAUGUAGAUCUCACUUAGACGAAGAGACUGAUAAACAUAAACAGAAAGAGCUUCAGGAAAAAAUCAAUGGAAAGAUGACAUUACAAGAAUAUAACAUGAUUCACAACGAUGAAGAUGAUGAGGAAUUUUUGCAGCGAUACAGGAAGCAGAGAAUGGAGGAGAUGAGACAGCAGUUGUACAGUGGGCAGCAGUUCAAACAGGUCUUUGAGAUUACCAGUGGAGAAGCAUUUCUUGACACUGUUGAUAAAGAGCAUAAGAGCACACUGAUCAUGAUCCAUAUUUAUGAAGAUGAUAUUCCUGGCACCGAGUCCCUGAAUGGCUGCAUGAUCUGCCUGGCUGCUGAGUAUCCAACAGUUAAGUUUUGCAGAGUCAAGAGUUCGCUCAUCGGCGCCAGCGCUCGCUUCACUAACAAUGCUCUGCCAGCCUUGCUGAUCUAUAAGGCAGGGGAGCUCAUUGGCAACUUUGUGCGAAUCACUGACCAGCUUGGAGAAGAUUUUUUUGCUGUAGACCUGGAGGCUUUUCUGCAGGAGUGUGGUUUGCUUCCGGAAAAAGACCUAGUGCUCCUGACUUCUAUACGUAAUCCGUCUGCAUGUUACAGUGAGGACAGUGAUCUGGAAAUAGACUGAACCACUUGUACUGGGGACCAGUAGGUGUAGUUGUACUGUGGGAUGUUCUUGUGCUAGGCAUUGCUCUCUUCCUUUCAUUUUUCUCUUCUAGCUGUUUUAGUUGCCCAGUGACACUGAUCUUUAAAAUUUUCAUUGUCCCAAAAGCCCAAGGUGAUCCCCAUUUCUGGACAGCACUGGCUGAGCCUGUUUGCCUCUUUAGAA